GCACUGACCCCGGCGGGCCCUAGCAACCAGAGCAGUGACGGUAGCAACCGCCGGAAUGCUCAGCCUUGAUUGGUCAAGGCAGUUGACCCCUGAUGGGUUGGUUCAGGCAAAAGCAACAACAAUCAAAGAAGCCCUAGCCAGAUGGGAAGAGAAAACUGGUCAGAGGCCAUCUGAAGCCAAAGAGAUAAAGCUUUAUGCCCAGAUUCCCCCUAUAGAGAAGAUGGAUGCAUCCUUGUCCACGCUUGCUAAUUGCGAGAAACUUUCACUGUCUACAAACUGUAUUGAAAAAAUUGCCAACCUGAAUGGCUUAAAAAACUUGAGGAUAUUGUCUUUAGGAAGAAACAACAUAAAGAACUUAAAUGGACUGGAAGCAGUAGGGGACACAUUAGAAGAACUGUGGAUCUCCUACAAUUUUAUUGAGAAGUUGAAAGGGAUCCAUGUAAUGAAGAAAUUAAAGAUUCUCUACAUGUCUAAUAACCUGGUAAAAGACUGGGCUGAAUUUGUGAAGCUGGCAGAGCUGCCUUGCCUGGAGGACCUGGUGUUUGUAGGCAAUCCCUUGGAAGAGAAACAUUCUGCUGAGAGCAACUGGAUUGAAGAGGCAACCAAGAGAGUGCCCAAACUGAAAAAGCUGGAUGGUGAGUGACUCUAAGAUGGCCUUGAAGCUUGGGUUUUCUAAGUAUAAAAAUUGAAUCUGUGGCAUGGAAUCAUGAAGAAGAGAAAACUAAAUAAAAUGAUUGUCUCUAAUCUUGGCAGUCAUUUCUGACCAUACGAAAUUUAAUUGUCCAGGUUUGGGCCAGGGUGGGAUGAAAAACUCCUAGA